AUGGGUCUCAUGUGGCAUAAGGGAUUCGGCGGCCGCCAUGCUGGUGGUGGUAUUGUUGCUGACAAGCACGGCAUUCGUCGCGCUCCCAUACGCCUCUCCUGCUUUGGCUUCAGCUGCUUCAGAUAA